AUGCCGAGCUCAUCGCGACGAACAAAACAGCCUCAAAAACGAACCCAAGUGACCGACGAGAACGGCUGGACCCAUGUGACAAGCGGCGGAAACGUGCGGCGCGUAUUGCGCAGCCGGCCAGACAGCACGAAUGGAACAUCCGACCCAUCCCUAGAGCCUGUGUUAGCUCCUGCAGAGGCACCAGCUCGACUGACAAUCGCCCAGUUGCAGACCCAGUUCCAGGAGCAUAGUGAGAGAUGGGAGGGGUCAGAGACUUGGGUCAAAUUGGCGGGGGUGUUGGAGAAGAAACUGAGAGAAAGGCGUGAACAAGCUUCCGCUACUUCCCAAUCCGAGUUGAACUAUAGCCCUGUGGACGCCAUUGUAUGCAUUGGGCUCGGAAGUCCGAGUGGGUUCCUGCGUGAUGGCUGGACUGAUAGGCGGAGUGUGUCUAUGUACCAGCUUGCUGCCUUGGUGAGCAUGAAGGAUAUGGUUGCGGCACAAAUGAAAAGCACUUCCACCUCCCAAUCUCAGCCUAUCAAGGUUUACGCCCAGGACCCCGUCUUCAACCACCUGGACCAGGCUCUCUUCACCGAGCUCAACAUUGAAGUCCUCGCCCACCCCCAAGCGUUCUCACACAUUACAAAAAAUACCCUCCUUUUCUGCCCAGGCGCAGAGAAGAAACAUCUUGAACUUCUGCUACCUUCCAAGCCAUGGCUGGUUUUCGGUGGCCCACUUGAGCAUGCAACUGCGGAUGCUGGUGGAGCUUUGCAGACCUUUGUUGAUUCCACAGGUUCAUAUUGUCUGCCUGAAUUUGGGCCCUCGGAGCAUGCCUUUUGGAAUAUGAGGCUGUACUGGGUUGAGAAAGAACGUGAGGAGGAACAGAAGAAUGAUUGA